AUGGGUGCCUUGGCCUUCAGCGAACAAGCGCGACAUGUAUACAUCGCGACAGAACGCUGUGGUCGCGUGGGAAUCGUCCUGUACCUCUGCAUCCGCGACUACCUCAAGAUUCUCAAGCGCGAAGACUGGGGCGAUCCGCAGUUUCAGGAGGAUAUCUCGAAAGUGCAUAAGAGGUGUGCGGAGAGGACGCUGCGGGCGAUGGAGAAGAAUGGCAGUAUCUUCAUCAAGCUGGGUCAGCAUUUGACAAGUUUGAAUUACUUGCUGCCGAACGAGUGGUGCGAGACGUUCAUCCCGCUGCAGGAUCAGUGUCCUGUGAGCAGCUUCUCGAGCAUUGAUGAGAUGGUCAAGAAGGAUACGGGUAAGAGCUUGGAGGACUAUUUUGAGGAGUUUGCGGCGGAGCCAAUUGGGGCAGCAAGUCUGGCGCAAGUGCACAUUGCGAGAUUGAAGGGCACCGGGGAGAAGGUCGCGGUGAAAGUACAGCACCCUGCAUUGGAUGAAUGGGCGAGUCUGGAUAUGUGGUUGACAAACUUCACGUUCAAAACCUUGAGGUACUGGUUUCCAGAGUACGAUUUGACGUGGUUGAGCGAAGAGAUGGAGGUAUCUUUGCCUAAAGAGCUGGACUUCAGGGAAGAAGGCCGAAACGCCAUGCGAACGAAAGAGUACUUCAGCCACAUCAAAAACACGCCUCUCGUCGUCCCCGAAGUGCGGUGGGCCGAACGACGACUUCUCGUCAUGGAGUUCAUCACAGGCCACCGGCCCGACGACCUCGCUUUCCUCGACGCCAACGGCAUCUCACGCGACGAAGUCUCCGCCGCUCUAGCGCGCAUCUUCAACGAAAUGAUCUUCGGCGAAGGAGCCCCCUUACACUGCGACCCGCACGGCGGCAACCUCGCCAUCCGCCUCAACCCCUCGAAACGCAAACCCCGCAACUUCGACAUCGUCCUCUACGACCACGGCCUCUACCGUGACAUCCCCCUGCACCUCCGCCGCGCCUACGCCCACAUGUGGCUCGCGGUCCUGGACACGGACAUCCCACGCAUGCGCAAAUACGCCUACGAAAUCGCCGGCAUCGGCGACGACGAAUUCCCCAUCUUCGCAUCCGCCAUCACGGGCCGCGAUUACAACGUCGUCACGACAUCAAUAACGUCCGAACGCAACGCCGAGGAAAAACGCACCAUGUCCGACGCCCUCGGCCAAGACCUCGUGGAGAAACUCGUCGGCCUCCUCGGUCGCGUACCGCGCGUAAUCCUCCUCAUCCUGAAGACCAACGACCUCACCCGCGCCUUGGACGAGAACCUCCACACGACCCACGGCCCCGUGCGGAGUUUCUUGAUCCUGGCGCGGUAUGCGGCGCAUUGCGUGUGGGAGGAGCAGCUGGAGGGGGUGAAGGGGAGUGUUUUCUGGCCGGGGAAUUUGGUCAGGGUGGGGCUGGCGACGUUUACGUAUGUGAGGGUUGCGGUGAGGUUGAGGGUGUAUGAGUAUUAUUUGAGUGUGAGGAGGCGGUUGGGGUAUGCGAGGGUGGAGAGUGUUUUGGAGGGGAUUUGA